AAUUAACUACAUAUUUUACUAAUUUCAUCUAGUUAUAGUUAAACCCUACACUCUCUGCUCAGUCUGUGCUUGUUAGCCCAAUGUGCUGAAAGAUAUCAAACACAAACUAAUACAGAACAACACAUAAUAACUCCAGUAGUAUAAAAAAUUAUUUGAAGUAUAACAAUUAUUACAAAAGGUAAAGUAUUGUUGGAUAAUUUAAAAAAAUUAGAGAAUGUAGCCCUGAAUGGGAGUUUUCUGUUAGACAUUAUUGAAUAUAAUGAAAACUUAAAAGCAAGAAGACUAUAUAUCAGAAGUAGGACAGACAAUUAUUUUGGAGGAGGUUAAAGAAAGCUCAGAUUCUAUCUGGUUAUGGAUAUCUUUAUAUGGAUUUUCUUCUAAUAUAUUUCUAUCCAUUUCACUUUAUCCAGAAACUAGAUUAUAUAUACAAUAUGAAAACCGACAAAAGAAUGAGGAUAUUUGACAUAUAUUUAAUCAAGUGCAUGAUUGUCGUAGGAUUACUUUUACAGUGUAUCCAGCCCUGUUACGCAGCAACUAAAAAAAGAGUUCAAGUAACUGAACCCCCAAAGGAAAUUGCUGUGAAUACCAGUCAAUUGGAAGACGGAAGGGCAUACAGUACAGGCUAUAAAUACAACUAUAAAGCAUUUAUUAUUGCACUAGCCAUGAUGGGAACAUUUGUAUUGCCAGGAGCAGCUGUAUGGUUUCUAUAUUACAAACUGAAGAAGAAGUAUACAGUGGAUGAUAUAGAAAAGGCAACAGAAGAAUCACAGGCUAAGCCUUCUAUAUCUAGAAUAACUACAUGGCUCAGACUUCUUUGUGGCAAAAUAAGGAAAAAGAAGCCAACUUAUGAUGAAGAAAUGGCCAUAGAAAAAUCUCAGCCUACUUUGAGGAGUAAAGGCAAAAAGAAGAAGACGAUGAAGAAGAAGAAAAAUGCUCCUGUGAAUAAAUCUGUGGAGGAGGCAAUGCCUAAAGAAAAUGUUGUUGUCACCAAUGUGAUACAACCAGAACAGCAACAUAUGGUACCACAUGAAGAUUUAUCUAAGGAACAUGCUGUGGAAAGUGCAAAAGAAUUUGGCACUAAACCUGAAUAUAGGAGGGUAAUAGUCUUGACGUGGACAGAAGAGGUCACAGAUGAUGAGGAUGAUCAAGUAUCAACUCAUCAAAUGAAAGAAUGCCAGAAGGAGAUUUCUGUGGCUCUUAAACCAAACAUGGCAAGUCAGAAGCUCAAGCAUACUGAGAAACAAGAAGCAACAGAUAUAAAACUUAAACCUGAGAAUCUAUUUAAAGGCAAGCUGCCGGUUUUCCCUGAACGCCAGGGAAUUCCUAAGCCUAGUUGGACUUCUCAGAUGUUGAAGAAUAUGAUGAGAAUACAUAUGGGAAAAGUUAAGGACGUAGAUCCAGAGACUCUAUGGAAAAGUGUUUUGAGAGGCACUGGAAAAAGGACUCAGCCGGAACCCAAGGAAAAGACAUCUGCGAUUCCUAAACCUAGUUUGGAAAAGCAGAUGUUAAAUAAAGAAUUGAAAGAAUAUUUCCAGAAACAUCCAGAACGUGGAUCUAAUAGCACCAUUCUCACUGGAGUAGGCACUUCUGAUGAGACGCCUGCAUACCCAGAAGGGUUAAUUGUUUUACCUAAAACUGUACUAACCCGAGAUUUCAGACAAGCAAAAAGAAAGCCGAUUGUAAAGCGUGAAAUGCUUCGGAAAACUAUAGACGAGAUGCAGUCCAGAAGACUUCAGAAACUGACGGAGGAGUCAAACAUGAGUGAACCUGCUAAGCCAGAGAAGGACCAGCCCCAAGAAGAUAGACAGAACCGAAUAGAUCGAAGUACGAGCCUAACAUUUCAAGAAGCUUUCGACACUUUAAACAAACAAGCAAGGAAGAAAUAAGGAUUUGCAUUAUUUGGAUAUUUUUCACAUGAACUGGAGCUGCAACUAAAAUGAAACAGGUAUCCUCAGAAUGGCUAACAAGACAUUCCGUUGAUCUUGAUCCGUUAUCUGAGGAACUGUUUCUACAGAAGCUGAUACAUGGCCAAUAAUCAGAAGAACCGCCAACAAGUAAAAUGAUACUUGUUUACAGACAAAAUCUGUCUGUUUUAGGGGCGUAACUGUAAUGGGUGCAAGAAUUUGAUCUUUUCAAAAGUUAAAGAGGCCAAUACACAAGUUAUACAUAGGGGAAGGGAUAUGGGUGGAUUGAUGGCCUGGCGGUUAUCCGGACGGAGGACUGGAUCCAAGAUGUGGGCCCAUGUGUCUCUAGUUACGCCCCUGCUCAGCAAAGCAACUGGUAGCAGAGAAGAGAAGUUGAUGGAGUAUCGUGGAGGUCCACAUUUUACCUACAGUCCUCAAGAUGAACUGUAGAUGAACAUUAUGGACUAUUGAUGUAAGGAUGGUGGAGAACUUUGGAUCUGAUGCACCAUGGACUGACCAACAAAAACAGAUUAAACACAUUUUAUAUAAUUUUUUAUAAAUCAAUAAAACUUUUAAAGAAAUAUAAUCUUA